UCCCGGCCAGUGCCUCCGCUUCCGGCUCGAGUCGCUCUCCCCGCGCCCGCCUUCGACAUGUCCGAGACCGCGCCCGCCGCGCCCGCCGCUCCGGCCCCCGCCGAGAAGACGCCCGUGAAGAAGAAGGCCCGCAAGUCCGCAGGCGCCGCCAAGCGCAAAGCGUCCGGGCCGCCCGUGUCCGAGCUCAUCACCAAGGCCGUGGCCGCCUCCAAGGAGCGCAGCGGCGUGUCCCUGGCCGCGCUCAAGAAGGCGCUGGCGGCCGCCGGCUACGACGUGGAGAAGAACAACAGCCGCAUCAAGCUGGGCCUCAAGAGCCUGGUGAGCAAGGGCACCCUGGUGCAGACCAAGGGCACCGGCGCCUCGGGCUCGUUCAAGCUCAACAAGAAGGCGGCGUCCGGGGAGGCCAAGCCCAAAGCCAAGAAGGCGGGCGCGGCCAAGCCCAAGAAGGCUGCCGGGGCGGCCAAGAAACCCAAGAAGGCGACGGGGGCCAGCACCCCCAAGAAGAGCGCCAAGAAGACCCCAAAGAAGGCGAAGAAGCCCGCGGCGGCUGCAGGAGCCAAAAAGGCAAAGAGCCCGAAAAAAGCGAAAGCAGCCAAGGCCAAGAAGGCGCCUAAGAGCCCAGCGAAGGCCAAAGCCGUGAAACCCAAGGCGGCCAAGCCAAAGACCGCCAAGCCCAAGGCAGCCAAGCCAAAGAAGGCAGCUAAGAAGAAAUAAGUUUCUUUGGCCUACUGCUUAGAAGCUCAACACAACCCAAAGGCUCUUUUCAGAGCCACCCACAGACCUCAAGGAAAGAGCUGUUGCACUGUGUUCCUUGGGGGGCGUGGCCGGAGGGAGGACACCACCUCGGUGGGGCGGUCCCUCCAGCACAGAGCGCCGUCUCCUGGCAACGCAUAUUAGUUGCGUGCACCCCCUAAGAACUUCUACGUGCAGGGGUUUCAGUCAAGGCCCCG